AUGCCAGCCAGUGUGGGGGCGUCUAUCCCAGAUAUCGAGGCCCUUGGGCCCGAGAUAGAGAGUAUCGAUGCUUGGCAGGAGCGCCACGGGAUCAAGGUCGACCAACAGAUACGCCUGGUGAAGCUUGCCCAUAUGCGAUACCAACAUCCUGAUCUUGAUGAAAUUACCACUUUCCUCCUAGACUUCGGCAUGGAAGUCGAGAAAAGGACCGAAACCGAAGCCUGGUUCCGUGGAUAUGGGCCAGAUCCGUAUGUGUACUAUGCUCUGAAGGGGCCAAAGAAGUUUCUAGGAGGGACUUAUGAGGUCGAGAGCUACGAUGAUCUGGAGAAAGCAUCGAGACUACCGACUGCUAGCGAGAUCCAGGAACUUAAGGAUGCUCCAGGCGGAGGUUUGUUGGUCACGGUCACUGACCCUGAAGGGCUUCCAGUCAAUCUCUUGUAUGGCGCAAAAUCAGAGCGUCCCGAGGGGAAGAUGGAGAAGCUCGUCUACAAUUAUGAGUCCGAGAAGCCGCGUGUGCGGAAAUUCCAACGAUUCCAAGUUGGCCCUGCAGCUGUCUACAAGCUUGGACACUACGGCGUCUGUAGUCAGAAAUUUGAGGAGCUUGUCGAUUUCUACACCAGAACUUUCAACAUAGUGCCAAGUGACUUUCUUUAUGCUGGCAUGGGGGCCAAAAAGAAGAAUGUGGCUGUAUUUGCUCACAUUGACCGCGGCGAGACCAUGGUCGAUCAUCACUGCUUCUUCAUUAGCAUGAAUGACACCACCCAUGUGCACCAUGCAUCUUUCGAGGUCCAUGACUUUGACACGCAGAAGAUCGGCCAUCAGUGGCUUGCCAAGAAGGGUUAUCAGUCUGUCUGGGGUGUUGGUCGCCACAUUCUGGGCUCCCAGAUCUUUGACUAUUGGUGGGACACGACGGGGAAUAUGAUUGAGCAUUAUGCCGAUGGCGAUCUUGUAAACAGAGAGACACCGAUUGCAUAUGGGCCUGCGGGAGACGAGUCUCUUGCAGUUUGGGGUCCUGACCUGCCAGCGGGAUUUUUGAGCUGA